CACUACAGCUGUAGCCUCCGCUUGCUGGACUUUCUGGGGCUUGUAGUACCACACCACCUGACGAGACACAAAUGCAUUAGCGCCACCUUGUGGCUGCCGGGCAGACAAUGUCGCCCACACCUAGCAGCGGCAGGUUGUGGUUCCUGGAAGCCGCCCCUGUGUGCAGCCAGAGCCUCCCUUCCCUUCCGUGCCUCCUCCCUCAGCCUCACUGCAGCUACAUGACCGGGAGACAUGGAGAGGCUGCACUUCCAGGGGGCUGCUGCUGCCGGGGCCAUAGAUGACUACCUGGAGUACAGGAGGAUUGUUGGAGAAGAUGAUGGAGGUAAGCUGUUUAGCCCAGAAGAAUAUGAGCAAUAUAAGAAGACAGUGCUUCCAAUGAGAAUCCAAAAUCGACUGUUUGUCAGCUGGAGAUCACCAACAGGAAUGGACUGUAAGCUUGUGGGCCCAGAGACUCCUUGCUUUUGUACUCACAGAUACAAGCAACAUAAGACAGAUUUUAAAGAGCUUCCUAAGGAUCGUCCCAUUCACUUGCCUUGUAAAGUCAGCAAAUGCCAGUGCAAGUCUUAUCACUACGUCCCUCUGAAUGGAUCCCAGCCGAUUCGCUGCAGGUGUAAGCACUAUGCUGAUGACCACACGGUCGCAGGAUCCUACCACUGCACCAAGUGCUCAAAUUGUGCAGGAUUCCACAGUUCUUUCACCUGUGGCUGUUCCCAGCCAGCCUACGCUCAUGAUACUGUUGUAGAAACAAAGGAAGAACGACUAGAUCAGGGAAAGCCUGUCGGACACAGUGUCCCAUAUGCUGCUAUGGGAGGAUUGACUGGCUUCAGCUCUCUUGCUGAAGGUUAUAUGAGACUUGAUGACAGUGGUGUAGGGGCUCCCAGUCGGCAUCUUUUGGAAACUCCUGAUGAUGGUGGAUCCCAUCCAUUUCUAAGAGCAUACGACCCACCAUCCGCAACAGCAGUUACUGAUGUCCAGAUUGAAGACAUCGGAAGAAGAUGACAUGGCUUUCUUUGAAAAGCGGUAUCAGGAAAGGUUAAAGAAAGAAAAAGAAUUAAGAAGACUGAAUUCUAAGCGUCCGAGCACUCAGCGGCCCUGAGGACAGGGAUUUCUCAGAAAACAGUUCUUGUUUGUACUCAAUGUGGUUGAUUCAAUUGUUGAAGGCACCCCCUGCUGACUGUCUAUAGUAAUGGGCAUCUGUCAUAGCUAUUCGAUUGUUGCCGGUUCCCCCUGCUUGGGAUCUAUGCUGAUGGACAUCUAUCGAAGCUAUUCAAUUGUUUCUCCGAUAGAUGCCCAUGGGGGCGCCGGCAAAAAUUGAAUUGGCCCCACUGUAUUGUUUCAAGUGUACCAGUUUACUUGUGAGUUUCUCUAAUAAAAUUAUCUGUUACAAA